UUCAGCUCUCAGAGAUUCAAAAUUAUCCGCUCUACUUGUUUCCUACACCAAAUUAGACUGCUCAAGUAGUGGGGGCACGGCCGUUGGGUUAACAAAAAUGGGCGCCGCAGAGUACCAGCCGCUGCUACUCGGCCUCGACUCGCAUUCCCGGAUUCCCGACUUGUCGUCCAUCGCAAUCGAAGAGUUCUUGGAGCACCAGCCAGUGGCCGUCCGAUGGUGGCCGCGUUUAGUCGGGUGGGAGUCCAGGCUCCUCUGGCUUCUAUCAGGCUCAUCCAUUAUUGUCUCCAUCUUCAAUUACAUGCUUAGCUUUGUCACCCUCAUGUUCACUGGCCAUUUGGGCGCGCUCGAGCUAGCUGGGGCAUCAAUAGCCAGCGUCGGAAUUCAAGGUCUUGCUUACGGGAUUAUGUUGGGCAUGGCCAGUGCUGUGCAGACAGUGUGCGGACAAGCAUACGGGGCGAAGAAGCUAGCGGCAAUGGGCAUCAUAUGCCAGAGAGCAAUCAUUCUGCACCUGGGAGCAGCAGUGAUCCUCACCUUCCUCUAUUGGUUCUCUGGCCCAAUCCUUGUGGCCAUUGGGCAGUCGGAGAGCAUAGCUGAGCAAGGAGAGAUUUUUGCACGCGGCUUGAUACCCCAGCUUUAUGCAUUUGCAAUAAGCUGCCCAAUGCAGAGGUUUCUGCAAGCACAGAACAUUGUGAAUCCUCUGGCAUACAUGUCUGUGGGAGUGUUCUUGCUGCACACUCUGCUCACAUGGCUGGUUGUUUAUGUUUUGGAUUAUGGCCUUUUGGGGGCUGCUCUCACACUAAGCUUCUCUUGGUGGAUUCUUGUCGUUCUCAAUGGACUUUACAUUCUUUUGAGCCCCUCUUGCAAGGAAACAUGGACUGGUUUCUCCAUGAAAGCCUUCAAAGGAAUUUGGCCUUAUUUCAAGCUCACUGUAGCUUCUGCUGUCAUGUUGUGUUUGGAGAUAUGGUACAACCAAGGAUUAGUACUCAUAUCAGGGCUCCUCCCUAACCCCACAAUCUCACUAGACUCCAUUUCUAUUUGCAUGAAUUACUUGAACUGGGACAUGCAAUUUAUGUUGGGCCUUAGUGCUGCAGCCAGUGUUCGAGUGAGUAAUGAGCUUGGGGCAGGGCAUCCAAGGGUUGCAAAAUUUUCAGUAGGGGUGGUGAAUGCAACCAGCAUCCUGAUUAGCAUAGUUUUCAGUGCAAUUGUUCUCAUCUUCCAAGUUGGAUUGAGCAAACUCUUUACAAGUGACACUGAGGUUAUUGCGGCAGUCUCUAGUUUGACUCCAUUGCUUGCCGUUUCUGUUUUCUUGAAUGGCAUUCAACCUAUACUCUCAGGUGUGGCGAUUGGGAGCGGAUGGCAAGGUGUGGUGGCUUAUGUUAACCUCGCCACUUACUAUAUUAUUGGUCUUCCAAUUGGAUGUGUUCUUGGCUUCAAAACCAGUCUAGGAGUGGCAGGAAUUUGGUGGGGCAUGAUCAUUGGAGUUCUUUUGCAAACGGUAACUCUAAUUAUUCUUACCGCCAGAACAAAUUGGAAUGCUGAGGUUGUAAGAGCUGCUGAAAGAUUGAAGAAAUCUGCAGAUGAAGAGAAUUUAGACUUGGUGGUUGACAUAUAAAGCAACAGCACUGGGAGGAGACACCAAAAGGCAAAGAGCAUGUGCUGAGCAAAAGUAGAGAGAUGAGUUUUAGGCAAAGCUAAUCGUAGGAAAUUCUGUUCUUUUCGAAAUUAGUUUUAGGGUUUCCUCUUUUUGCACAAUUUUUUUUUUAUGAGUUACUUAUGAAAGAAAAAAAGGUCAACUUGUGUCAAAUAUAUCUUACAAGGAUUAAGAUCA